UGUUUUUUUUUUUUUUUUUUUUUUUUUUAAAAUAUAAUAUACUGAUGUGUUUUAUUUUGGGAGGUGGGUUUGGAAUAACAAUAUGAUUUGAGCUUAGUAUUAAGAAUGGUGAUCAAAAUUAUGAGCUAAAAACUGGGCUGUUGUUAAUGUUGUUAUUAGUGAUGAUAUGGGUGUUUUGUUUUUCUCAAGUCCUGAAAAAAAGUUUGAGGAAGAAAAAAAAAAAAAAAAAAAAACCGAGUGCAAGGUGCAAACAGGAAUAUGACGACUUGGACUGCAUACUUUUACUGUAUGUGUGAUUAGCGUUGGUCCAAAUGACAAAUAAGCUGUGUGUGUUCUUGGAUAAUUUGUUUUGAAUUGGGAAUAUAGAAUCAUAGGAAUAUGAUGACUUUUGACUGCAUACUUUUAGUUUUUCUGUUUCUAGUUGCCAACUAAGUUGAGGAAUUAAGAAGAGAAAGGGAUUGAAGUUUUAUCUUAGCAAACUAAAAAAGAAAAAAGCAACUUUUUUUAUUGGAAAUUAAUUGCAUAAGAUGUAAUCAAGUGGAUUAGUUUGAUUUUUGUGAACUGGGUCUGCAGAGGCCUUUGUUCCUUUCUCCCUUCACUUCACUUGUAUUUUAAGUUAAUUUACGUUAAGAGAGUCCAAAAGGAGUUGAAUGACACACUUUGGAUCACAAUUGUAGGAUAGUUGUAGCAAUUUUUCUCAUAACGGAAUUCUGUACUUUUCGGAUACUGAUAUAUUCCUUGUACUCAUUUUGGUGUUUGCUUAUCUCUACUUUUUUUUUUCUUUUAAAGGUGAUAUUACCAUGGUUCAAUCAUGCUGAUGGCGUAUGCUCCGGGAGCUAUAACUAAGUGCCAGAUAUAUCUAGACUCCAAUACAUUGCAUGAAGCAUCUCAGUGCAAGAUUACACAUGUGAAUUCCUUGAUUAAUACUUCAACCUGUCCCAACCUAUUAAGGAACCCUUGUAGUAAUAUACUGCAUAAUUCCUUAUUUUCUUGGAAAGGCCGUAAUCAACUUACAAGCCAUCGUGUUUUGCAUCACACUGCUUCAAAGAGAUGGCUGUGCCGGUUGCAUGAUUCCAUUCCUGCAGAUGAUGAGUACCGUUCAUCACGCAACAUAGCAAUCAGUUUGUUUAAGCGAUUCAAGAAUGCUGUUGAGCGGGGAGGAGGAGUUCAUAAGUGCUGGGGUGAAUGCAUAUGCACUGGGAUGUACUGAUGAAGGAUUACGGAAAGAACUUAAUGAUAUGAGGGAAUAUGGUAUUGAAAUUGAAGCAAUGCAAAGUUAUGGCGGAACCACCAGUUUGAAAUCCAAGAUUAUUUUGGAGGAGGUUGAUGAGUGCAUUCUCUGGUUGAGCAUUAUAUUCAUCACCGUCUUGUGUACACCACAACCUACUAUUGUUAGAUGGUCGUCUACACCUCCGGUGUCAGAUGACGUGAGGGUUCAGUGGAAAGGCUUUUGUGCUGUUAUAGCAAAUGCAUACUUUGUGAGGGGAAUGGCAUGGCUUCCGGUAAAGACUCUUCAACUAGAGCAAAUGGCAGUGGUAGGUAGAGCUGAGGAGCCAUCUAUUGUUGCUAGCCGAAUGCGAUUAGUGUUUACCACACUUGAGGUGGUGAGUCCACAUUGGCCUAAAGCAUAGUGCUCCAGUAUAGAGAAAAUUCCAUUUUCAUAGAAUCUGAUGUUGGGCUUCUAGUUCCAUUUGAAGUCGCAAAUUAGUCUAUAAGAAUUUUCAGCCCAAGAAGGGGAAAGAUGUAAAAUAACAUUCAACAUAUAAAUUAUCAUGUAAAAGUUUUAUUGUA